CUUAUAAGAGGUAGCAUCAAUCAACCAUCCCCAAACAUUAAACAUUGAUUCUAUUAAUAAUUAAUGCAAGUACCAAGUAACAGUUAUCUUAAGCUUCAUUUGAGAAUCUGAAGCUCAUUCAGAUAAGUGAGUGAUAGUAACCAAACAAACUUGCAGAGAUUUUCAUGGCUGCAUUUUCGAUAUGUUACAGAACACCGUACAAGAAAACAUGCAUAGUUCUUGGCAGAGAUUCUUUGCACAAGGCCGCGACAAAAUUUCGUGUUCAUUGUUCGUCAGAGUCUAGUUCUGUUGAGAAGAAACUAAGAUCUUUAGAUUCUUAUUUUGGUAAACUCCAACAUAAUACAAAGUUACCUGAUUCUAAUGCAUCAAAUGAGGUGUUAAAGGUGCACCAAAGAAAUGAUCAAGAUGAAUCAACACAUGAACUUGAGUCUCUUGAUGAGUAUCUUGGAAAACUAAAUAAUGGCAUAAACCAAGAGUCUCUUGUGGCAUCUUAUAUUGAAAAUCAUAUGGAUGAAAGUUUAGCUCCAAAACACAGUCUUAGCCAAGAUACUCAAAGAACAAAUUUUAGGAAACCAAGUACUUAUGUGAAUAUAAGAAGAUUAAAAGGUUCAAGUGGUUCAAUAUCUGCUAUAGAUUCACAACAGCAAAAUGAUACAUCCAGUCUUUACCUCAUUGGUAUAUUGGCAUCAGUAAACAUUGGAGUGUUUCUAUUUGAAAUUGCAAGUCCUAUAAGGAGUGAUAACUUAGAGCUGUUUUCACUUCCGCAACUAUAUGGCGCAAAGAUAAAUGAUUUGAUCAUGGUUGGAGAAUGGUGGAGGCUUAUAACACCAAUGUUUCUGCAUGCAGGAAUAUUUCACAUUGCUCUAAGUUGUUGGGCCCUUGUAUCAUUUGGGCCUCAAGUUUGCAAAGGCUACGGUUCAUUUACAUUUUUCUUGAUCUACAUAUUGGGUGGAGUUUCCGGCAACUUGGCAAGUUUUUUACAUACACCAGAUCCAACUGUUGGCGGGACCGGACCUGUAUUUGCAAUAAUUGGUGCUUGGCUCAUGUACCAAAUUCAAAAUAGAGAUGUUGCAAAUGAUGAUUCUGACAAUCUAUUCAAGAAGGCAAUGAUUAUUACAGCUCUUGGUUUCAUAUUAUGCAAUCUUGGCCCAAUUGAUGAGUGGUCACACUCGGGCGCAGCUUUUACUGGAAUGGCAUAUAGCUUUCUAAUUAGUCCAACUCUUCAGUUGGAUGAUACAUCACCUGGGACCGGCGAAGAAAGACUCAAACUUGUUACAAAAUACGGUUCUUUCAAAUCACUAAUUAUAUUCUCCAUAUUCAUCGUUGGUUUAAGUUCAUUACUUUUUUUUAUGGAUCCCCUCUCAAUGCCUUAGCAUCUGUUGAUGAAGUAGCAUGAGUGAAUUUCAUAUUUAUCACUAAGAUUAGCUUUUAUUUCUUCUAUCUUUAUCAAGUUAUUGUAGGGUUACAAAGAUAUAUGAUUGUAUAAGCUUAGUCCUUGGCCAUAAAGAACUAUAAUAUGUGUAACAAAUUAUUAUGAAUUAGUAGUUUUUCUACAUAUGAUUCCUAAAUACAAUUCAACAUGAAGCUUUCUCUUA